CGUCACGUGAACCCCUAACGCCCAUUCUCCCGUUUCGCCCACACGCGCCUCCUCACUCACCGCCGCCGUCGCCUUUCUUCGUACCUCCCCGCCCCCAAUCUCCUCGAGCGAGGAAGAUUCCAACGAGGGAGGUCGAAGAAUCUUUCGCCAUGGCUUCCGAGAGCGUCGCUGAUCGGAACGCCGUCUUCAGGAAGCUGAAAUCCAAGUCGGAAAACAAGAUGUGCUUCGAUUGCAACGCGAAGAACCCCACGUGGGCGUCGGUGACGUACGGGAUCUUCCUCUGCAUUGAUUGCUCCGCCGUUCAUCGCAGCCUUGGUGUGCAUGUUAGCUUCGUCAGGUCCACAAAUUUGGACUCAUGGACCCCAGAACAGCUUAAGGUGAUGGUUUUUGGAGGCAAUAAUCGUGCUCAAGUGUUCUUUAAGCAGCAUGGAUGGACGGAUGGUGGUAAAAUUGAGGCAAAGUAUACAUCUAGAGCAGCUGAGUUGUAUAGGCAGAUACUGUCCAAAGAGGUUGCUAAAAGCUUUGCAGAAGAUAAUGUUUUGCCUUCAUCACCUGUUGCCACUUCUCAUACAUCAGAUGCAGUUGACAGACUUCCUGAGCUUAAGGUUGCAGAUGCAACCAAGGAAAUCUCGAAUGAGAGACAUGAACCUGAAAUCAGACAUUCACCUAAAGCUCCCAUUCAUUCUACUGUCUUAAGUUCUAUUAGAAAAUCCACUGGUGCAAAGAAGACUGGAGGCAAGACUGGUGGGCUUGGCAUCCGGAAGCUCACGACAAAGCCAAAUGAAAAUCUCUAUGAUCAGAAGCCUGAACAACCAGCACCCACUGCAACAACUUCGGAUAACUUUAAGACAACAGAUGGUCCAUCAUAUCCUUCUCGGUUUCAGUACAUGGAUGACAUUCCAAUUGAGAGUGGUUCUGGAGGUGCUCAGGUGAUCAGUCAUGUUGCACCACCAAAAUCUUCAAGCUUCUUUGCUGAGUUUGGAAUGGACAGUGGAUUUCAGAAAAAGUCAAGCUCGACUUCUUCAAAAGUGGAGGAAAGUAAUGAGGCAAGGCAGAAAUUCUCAAAUGCAAAGUCAAUUUCUUCAAGCCAAUUCUUUGGUGAUGAAAAGAAAUCAACUGAAAAUGAGGCACAAAUGUCCCUGCAGAAGUUCACGGACUCAAAAGCCAUUUCCAGUGCCGAUCUGUUUGGUCAUGAUACAUCAGACCCUGGGCUAGACUUGACUGCUGCUGACCUCAUCAACCGUAUCUCUUUCCAGGCAUCACAGGAUAUAUCCUCCCUCAAGAACAUCGCUGGUGAGACAGGGAAGAAGUUGACGUCUCUGGCUUCCAGUCUUAUUAACGACCUCCAAGACAGAAUCCUUUGAGCGCUCUGACGCAUGGUUGAGUUUGCAUGCAUUAUCAACAGAGUGGCCGUUCAACCACAGAUUUGAACUUCUCAACUUGUAAGCUUUAGAAGCACUAUCUUCUUCUUGUCACAUUUUUCCUCGGAUUGUCCAUUUUCUAUUUAUAUUAAAUCCAUCACGUAGUUAUGUAUUCCACGAACAGAAAUGCGUGUAUUUUGGCUGUAGUUAUAUACUGCGAAUGCUGUACGAGUUUGGUAUGUAUGUAGGAACCCAUCAAAUUACUAUUUGCAAUCUUUUAUA